AUGAUCUAUCCUAUUUUUACACUUGUUUAUUUCUCAAUACAAAUUAUAAAACAAUCAGAUAGUCAAUGUAUAUUUGAUCGUCCAGUAUUGGGUGAAUAUUAUUCGUAUGAAAAUGGUUUAGAAACACAUAGUUCAUUUAAAGAGAAUGGUGAUAUUGAGCGAAGAUUUUUUCGUCGACAAUCGGGACUUGGCGCACAAGCCAGUAUUAUCACCGUUUUGGAUAGUGCCGCAUUUGGAGGUUGUUUUCAAAUUAAUUAUAUAUCAAAUCCAUUUCAACACGUAUCAAAAUGGCAUUAUGAACUCAUGUAUCGAGACAAAGAAAAAUCCUGUUAUCAAUGUUUUGAAAUUUAUAAUCGUACACGAAAUAUUUUACAAAUUAGAAAAAGUGAAUGUGAUGAAAUAACAUCGAUAUUAACAAAUACAAUGAAUUUUCAGGAUUUAUGUGCAAGUAUCAGUCAAGAAGCGGAUUUCGAUACACUCUUUUUAAAAACAUUUUCGGCAGAAGAAUGUCGUGCAACAAUUUAUGGAACAUUUCAUUUUACAUAUGAAUUUCGAGAAGGUGGUAUUGGUAUUUGCGAUAAUCCGGCUUCUCGUUUAGUCUCAUGUCCUGAUCCUGGUACACCGUUUGAAGCCGUUAAUGAACGAUUUUGGAUGACAUAUGGUUAUUGCAAAAAUUUAGUUAGUUCAAUUGAUGCUCAACCAUUAUAUCAAUGUCUUGGCUAUUGGAUAAAUGAAAAUCAAGAUAUUUAUACAGCAAUUGCUAAUGAACGAGUGGGUUCUGAACGAUGGUAUGAUAAAUUUCGUUGUAUGUUAACAAGACAAGAUCAACCACAAUGGUUUGCAAAGUCAUUAUUUGCGGAAUGUUCACGUUUGUAUAGUCCAACGGAUGGUCCAGAAAAAGUGAUUAUUACGCCAGUCGUACCCGAAAUUCCAACGCCAACAUGUUUCUUUCCUGAUAAUUUUACAGGUGAAUGGAUAAAUACAGCAAACGUUAAUGCUAAAGUUAUUAUUAAUUCGACACAUAUUCACGAAAUAUCUCAAGUGAAUAAUCGUGGCUGGUUGAGAGAAACGUAUUAUGUAUGUCAACAAAUUAGUCGUAAUCAAUUCUUAGUGAAAACUGUUACAAAAGGAGAAUGUUUUCCAUAUUAUAUUUGUUUCGAUUUCAAGGAUCGUCAUCACAAUAUUCUUCGAUAUCGAAAAAGUAAAUCGUUUAUGUCAAAUGUCUACGAUGAUCUAUCAAAACGUGAUCCACUCUUCGAAGUAUGUGCAUGGACAAGUUUUGGAAAUGAUGCUAAUUGGAAAUAUCAAGUGUUUGUACUCGAUCCACCAGCACCUGUCGAGUGUCCAUUUACAGGCAUGUGGACGUUUAAACAAGUUGGUCAACCGAACAGUUUGGUUAAUACAAGAAUUCGAGGUGGCAUAACUCCUCGUCCUCGUGAUCAUGGCUGGUACAUUACAUGUGAUCCAAAAUUCAUGGUAUCUCAGUGGACUGUUUGUGGUGAUCAAACGAAGAGUAUGUUUGUUGAUCGUGAAUAUUGUCGACAAUUAGAUCCUUAUGGAACACCAAUUGGUGUAUAUGAAAUGCCCGACUAUAUCUAUCAAUGUGCUGGUUAUUGGCGUGAAGAUAGUCGUUCAAUUUUGAUCACUUAUGAUCGUGAUGAUCCUUAUAUCAAUUAUAAAUGUUGGGUUUAUGAACGAAUGGAUUUGUUUAAAAUUUAUCUAUCGCGCUCAGCUGGUUCGGCAUGUGGUUUUAAUCAAACAUCUGAUAGUUACAAAGGAGAAGAUGGCGCUGAUCUUUUCAUUCAACUAGAUGAAGCAGAAAGAAUACACGAUGACUGUCCAAUUCGUUAUGAUGAUGGUCGAAAUCCUUGGUUAGAUAUUGACGAAUUUUUAUUUUUUUAUGCAUCAGGAAUAAAUUUGAGAAUAUCAUUUAUUAUCAUAGUCAUAUGUUUAUUAUUAUCAACAGUAUUUUCUGUUUUAUAG